UCCACGGAUCUCUCGCCCGUGCCGGCAAAGUCAGGUCUCAGACUCCAAAGGUGGAGAAGCAGGAGAAGAAGAAAACCCCCAAGGGCCGUGCUAAGAAGAGGAUCAUUUACAACCCUUCGUCAAUGUCACCGCUGCCCCAGGAGGCAAGCGCCGAAUCGAAUAUCACCAUUCAAGUCCCCGAAUUAUCUGGAACCCCGCACCAGAGAAGUAAACACGACUCUGGUCGAUUUGCUGGGCUUCAUACUACAUUAUCGGUUACGGUUUUCACUUAG